AUGAUAUCAACUACAACCUUAAUUACCUACCUUCUAUCCAAGGUAAACUUGCACAUAUUCACAUCUUACUCCGUACAUACCUUACCUAGAGGUAGCCUUACAACGUAAGGUGAAAUAAAUUUAAAAUUUAUAACACCUUCUAUUUUAAUUAUCGUUUGAAAGUAGCAUGGCAUAGUAUAAUAUUAUCCAUUAAAUACUUGUUUUUGCAGCUGUCACCGGGAGCUCCAUCAUCAUGGCAUCUUCGACAGCCCAGACGCCUCCCAUUGAAACGCCAAACGACGAUAUAACUACUCCAGCUCCCCAAAUCACCGACAGCGACGAACCUAGAAGCAUUCAUUCGUUAGCCGCGUCUUCCGAACCCCCGCCGAAUACCCAUCGAUGUUUUAUCUGCCUUGUCGAUGAGCCCGAGGCUUCGCUUCCCGCCGACUGGUCGACGCCAUGCACAUGCACGCUGGAAGGACAUCACGAGUGUCUGAUGGCCUGGAUAACCGACCUAGAAAACCAGUCCAAGGAAGUGAAAUGCCCCAUCUGCAAAUCGCCCAUCAUAGUUACGGGCCGAUGGGAUCUUGCUAUAUACCUGAAUAAUUACGUGAUUAAUACCUUCUCGAAAUGGUCUCCUCAGAUCCUGUUCGGGUUUAUUGCUUCGGGUGCUCUGGUGAGCAGUUCCAUCUAUGGUCUUAAGGCUAUCGAUUUAUUCGCCGGUCCCGAAGCUACGAUGGAGUUCCUGUUCGGCACCGAGGACCGCGUGCUCUUCGGCCUUAUACGCUAUCCCAUCCGCGUAGCAGAUCGGACGCGCAUACCGCCUAUCAACUUGGUCAACUUUGCGAUAUUGCCCUUCAUCGCCCCAGGCCUAGUACUCAACCGAAUACCUUUGGAUGGUGUUGGUUUAUUUCCUACUUCAGUCCUAUAUGCGACGUUCGUGGCGCUCAUCAACCACGCAGACGACUAUUUCACGUGGCCUCCGUCCCCUCAACGAGCCUUAGCCAUCUACCCGGCCGUCCGGUCCACGUACUUCCAGCUGCACAGCACGAUCUCCAAGAACCUCGAGAAGAAAUGGGAAGCCAAGGCGAGCCAGCAGCAGAUUCCGAUACCGGCCCGGGACGAACAAGCGGCGGUCGGGCGCAACUUCUUCGACUUCGACUUCGACAUGGCGAUCGUCGACGACGAGGAGGCGAUCCGCCGCCAGCAGGGCAACAACCGGCGGAACAGGGUAGCGCAGGGCAAGUCGCUCGAGAACUUCCUCGCCGGGUCGUUGCUCUUCCCCGGCGUGUGCUACGGGAUGGGCGAGUUACUACGAUACGUUCUCCCCUCGCGCCUCGUCAACCGGCCCGCGUCCGGAUUCCCGACGGGCCUGCUCCAGGAGCGGUGGGGACGCAGCCUCGUUGGCGGGUGCCUGUUUGUCGUGCUCAAAGACGUGUUCUUCCUCUGGGUUAAGUACAGGAGGAUAAUGACCAGGUCGUCGAGACGGAUCAGGAAUGCGGAAAAUAGGACCCGUCGAGGUUAGAAGGAGGUAAUACAACCACUCACCCGGGGGCAUGAUGAUGAUAGAUAGGAGGUACCUAAGGUAUUAAGGAAAAAUUAGCUGGCGUUUCUUGGCGGGUGGUUUCGUUUCGCGAGGGAUCAUGUGGACUACGGUACGGUGCUCGGUUAUGGAGGCAUACGAAGGUAUAUGCUACCUAAGGCACGGGGAUAUAAGAGUUUUGCCCACGGCGCAGAACUAAAAUAAUUUGUCGACGGCACCAGAGGUCAUGGGCCCGGAAGACGUAUGAGUUACGGUCUAGUUAGUUACAUUCUAGCCUGCUUCCCAUAAUCAUACUCGAAUUUGAUUCCAAGGAUGUUUAUAAUGGAUAUCCCCCUAUUCCAUGCUUGCCUUGAAUUACCGGUGAAGCUCUACCCCUAACAAGGGCCGAAAAUCGGGCUCAAGUAAUAGGACGUCGUGACGGAGUGGGCGAAGCUGAGAGACGGCAUGAGGCAUCCUUUUGGAAUAUGGAUGGGAUUGAUUUGUCUAUCCCAGGUGGCGGUAUUUGCAAUACUUGAGCUACGGGAUUUGUUCUGGAGAGCAGAGAAUCAUCCGGUUGCGGCGGGGGACGUAUGUUGGGGAGGCUGUAUGAGGAGUAUUGCUCGAGGUAGAUACUCAGGCAUGAAUAGAGUUUGCUAGGUGGAGAGUUAUUGCUUAGGAUAGGAGGUACCUAUGAUUGAUACAACGAUUGGUCUCCGCCCCUUUACGGGACGGGAUAAGUGAUAUUAUA